AUGGUAAAAAUUAAAAUAAAUGAGAAUAUAAAGAAAAAGAAAAAAACUAAUGAUUCCGAUAAUUUAAAUUUAAAUGAUUCAGUUCAUAAAAAAGAAAAAAAAGAAAAUAAGCCAAUUAAUAAAGAGAAAAUAAAUUCAGAAAAUGAGAAAUUUUGUAAUAAACAAGCAAGUGAAAAAUACAAUCAUCCAUAUAGUAAUCUUGAGAACUUAAAUAGCAAAUCAAAUGAAAAAAUUAUUUUAAAAAAUACUGAUUCCUAUAAUUGUCUGAAAAAUGAUAAUUUAAAAAAAAUAGAAUCAUAUGAUGAAAAAAUAAUAAUGAAAAGAAAAAGGAAAAGAAAUGAUACAAAAAAUGAAGUAAUAAACGAUUCAAAAAAUGAUUUUAAAAAUAAUGAUCAAAAAAACGAAGAGAUAUCAAGUGAUGAUAAAAGUUCAAGUAGUGAUGAAGAUCAUGAUGGUUUACUAUUAACAUCAAAAUUCAAAAAAAAAUUUAGUAACUUACUACUUAAAUUAAAAAACAAGGAUUCAAAUUUGCUGAAUAAAAAAGAAGAGUUUUUUCAUGACAGUGAUUUUGAUACAGAUAUAUCAGAAGAUAAAGACAAUGAAAUAAAAGAAGACGAAAAAAAAAUAAAUGAAAAUAAAGAUUUAAGCGUAAACAAGAAUAUCGAAGAAAAAAAUAACCAAAGUUGUAAAACAGAUAAAAAAUGUCUGAACUAUUCAGAAUAUUUUAAAGAUAUUUUAUUAAAAGAAGGUUCUCAUGUAUUUGAUAAAGAAGAAGAAGAAAUAAUAGAAAGAGAAAAAAAAAUGUCACUACAAAAAAAAAAAAAAAGUUAUUACGAUGAGCAAGAAGAAUUAAAAAAAAAAAUAAUUGAAGCUUGUGAAUUUGCUGAUAAAAAUGAUUGUAAUGAUAAUACAAAUGAUGAUAAUGACAAUUUUUUUGUAAUGAAAGAAAAGAGUGAAGCUGAAUUAUUAGAAGAAAAAAAAUACUACGAAAAUUUUCUUAAAACAUCUAAUAUUGUAAAAGAUGAAAAUAAUUUAUUAAAAGAGUAUUGGAAAGAUAAUUUAAAUAAAGAUGAAGAAUUUUUAAGAGAUUACAUUUUAAAAGAAUUAUGGAGAGAGGAUAAAAUUCAUAAUAUUUAUGAAGAUAUUGAUGAAAUUGACGAUGAAGAAUUAGAAAAAGCUGAACAUUUUGAAAGAACAUAUAACUUUCGUUAUGAAGAACAAAAUGGGAAUAUCAUAAAUUCCAUUCCACGUAAAAUAGAAACAAGUGUUAGAAUAGAUUUAAAAAAGAAAAAGAAAAAGGAAAAAAGAAAAGAAAAAAGAAAGCAAAAAAGAGAGAAAAAAAAAAAAAUGAUUUUAGAAGAAUUAAAAAAAGAAAAAAAAGAUCAAAAAAAUGAACAAAAUAAUUCAUUUAAUGAUAAUAAUAACAAUUGUGAUAAAAGUCAAAUGGGUAAAAUCUCAGAAAAUUUUAAAAAAGACAAAACUCAUGAAUCAAAAAUGAAAACAAAUUAUGAUAAAGAAAUAAUUUCAGAUAAAAAUUUAAAAAAAAACAAAAAUUUAAAUUUAUAUAAUGAUGAAAAUGAAAUGUGGUUUUUAUGUGAUGAAUGCAAAAAUCCUAUUAUUCCAUUAAAUUAUGUUUAUGAAUGUACUAUAUGUGAUAAUUUUGCCUUAUGUAAAAAUUGUUCAAAAAAGAAAACUCAUAAGCAUAAGUUAAAAAAAUUGUUAGUUCCUAGAGGAUGUAACCCACCAGAAGAAUAUAUAAAUAAUAGUGAAAUGAAAAAUAAUUAUGAAUUUAAUAAUAAUGACACAAUGAAUUAUUUAGAAAAUGAUUCAAGUGGCUAUGAAGAUUUAAUUGACGAUAUGCCUAUUAGAUUUAAAUAUAUAAAAGUAAAACCAAAUUCUUUUAACCUCACAACUGAUUUUAUCUUGAAAACAGAUGAUAAAACAUUAAAUAAAAUUGUACCCUUAAAAUAUGUUUCUCCAUACUAUAAAAAAAAUUUUAAAUCAAAUGUAAUCGAAGAAAAAGAUAAAUGA